AUGGACCCGGACUGUGACUGCCUGAGUGGUGGCUCUUGCACCUGUGCAAACUCCUGCAAAUGUAAAUCUUGUCGAUGCACCUCCUGCAAGAAAAGCUGCUGCUCAUGUUGCCCAGCAGGAUGUGUCAAGUGUGCUCAGGGCUGUGUAUGCAAACCCUCUACACUAAAUCCU